GAUUAUACCCUACAAAAUUCUUUGAGUACACUCGAAUGCCCUUGUCAACAUUUGACUACAUACUAAGUAAAAUAUCACCUAAAAUCACCAAAGAAGAUACUAACUUUCGCAAAAGUAUUAGACCUGAGGAGAAAUUGUUCAUAACUCUGAGGUUUUUGUCAACAGGAACUGGAUUUAGAGCAUUAGAUUAUAGUUUUCGUAUGGGGAAAAGUACUAUUGCGUCUAUAGUGCACGAAACAUGCCGUGUUUUAUGGACUGAGUUAGUUCCUAUUCAUAUGCCGAUACCAACAGAACAACGCCUGAAAGCUAUUGCAGAAGACUUUGAAGCUACCUGGAAUUUCCCACACUGCAUCGGAGCAAUUGAUGGGAAACAUUGUGAAAUAAAAAAACCACCUAAAUCUGGAUCAGCACGUUGGUGCUAUAAAAAAAGAAAUAGCAUUGUCAUGCAAGCUGUGGCUGACGCAAAAAGGAAAUUUGUGGCAGUCGAAGUAGGCGGUCGAGGAAAGCAAAGUGAUGGUGGUACUUUUAUUGCAUCAACGCUGUAUAAGCUUAUAGAAAAAGAUAAAUAUAAAAUUCCUAUGCCAAAGAGACUUCCAAAUUCUGACGUCAUUGCACCCUACGUCCUAGUGGGUGAUGAAGCUUAUCCGUUAAAACAUUAUUUAAUGCGUCCUUAUCCCGAGCGAGUACUUAAUAAUGAAAGAAAAUGUUUUAAUAUCAGAUCGUCUACCGCUAGACAAACAAUCGAAUGCGCAUUUGGCAUUUUAACUUGUAAAUGGAGAAUACUACUUAAACCUAUCGAAACAAACAGAAAAAAUGCCUUGUCUAUAAUAAAAGCUGCGUGUAUACUGCACAAUGUAAUAAUGGAUUUAAACGGCGAUCUCGAUCUGGAUGUCCAACGUGUGUUAGCUAAUUCGCCAUUAUAUGAAAAUCAUCAAAGAAACCGCGGAGUCAAUAAUAAUCCAUCACGGAGAGCAAAAAAUGUUCGUAUAAAAUUCACAAACUAUUUCUGGGAACAAUACCAAAGGAUGUAAUAACUAUAGGUAUAUUAUAUUAAACUUACCU